AUGAAAUCGCGGCGGCUAAGCGUCUCAGACGAUCGUCUAACCAUUUCUCGACGCAACACUCAAUCGAUAACCUUAGUAAAUGGAAGAGGAAACUCAUUGCCAAUCCCAAUUGACCUUGUUAUGGAGAUAUACUCGUGGUUGCCGGCGAAAUCUAUAGCUAGAUGUCGUUGCGUGUCGAAGCUCUGGAACGCCGUACUACGCCGCCCAGAUUUCACGGAGUUGUACUUGACGAGAUCUUCUGCCCGCCCGCAGCUCUUGUUCACUUUAGAAAACGAGGACGAGUUCGUCUUCUUUUCCUCACCUCAUCCUCAAAAUCCUGUUGAGGGGAACUCGUCGUUGUUUGCUGUAGCCGCCAAUCGUUUUACCGAUUCCCUCAGAUUAUGUGAAAUCAUUGAUAUUAGUAACGGCUUCGUCUUUCUAAGAGGUAACAUGAUCUUAGAGGGAAGGAAAAGCGAGUAUCGGUGUCGUUGCUAUUUAACCCCAGCACCGGUCAAUCGUUACCUUUACCGCAGUUGA